UCAUUCACGGAAUAAACAGCGAACAGAAACGAACGAAUCGAACGGAGACGGCCGCGCGCUGCUCCAGUUGCUGACGAGUGUGCAACGUGUGAAAGUGUUGGAACAAAAUAUUGAGAAAAUAAAGCACAACUUUAGCGAAAAGGAAACGAACUGCCCAAAACGCAACGCAAUCAAGUGCGGUUUUUGAUGAAAUUUCAACCGUUUGAACUCAUUGCAGCCACUUUUAUAAUUCGAAAAAGGGUGAAAUUCCAGUAGGAUUUGGUUUUUGGUGAAAAUUGUGUGUUUUUCCCCCUAUUAGUGCCGUGUGUUCCAAGCAAGAUGGUUGUGCUAGCCAGUACGAAACAUCUGUCGACGACAGCGAGCAGCAGCAGCAGCAGCACCACCUACCGGCACAAGAGCACUACCAUCAAGCGGCACUAUCGUGAUUCCUCCUACCGCGUGAUGGGUGGGUUCGAGCAGCGCCCCUGGACGCCGACGAAGCGGCGGGGACCGAUCGCGGCGGAGCACCGUGGCCCAGGGCCACAGUAUCUGCUACCACAACUGCUCGGUACGAAAGUGGUAGACUCGAAACGGCAAGCCGCACCCGCCUACAGCUUCGGCCAGCGACACAAACCCCGCACGGAGUCGUUCAGCCCGGGCCCACUGUACAACAUCACCGGGCUCGGGUGCAAAGGGAAGGAUGCACCGCCGGCCUACUGCUUGCAGAGCCGCCCGAAAGAGAUACCGAAGUAUCUGACGCCGGCGCCGGGCGAGUACAACAUCGAGAAGGCGGACAAAAUGCUGGUCAAAUCGGCACCGAAGUACACGUUCGGCGUGAAGAAACCGCCCAACCCGACCAGCCAAACACCAGCUCCCGGAGACUAUAAGCCCGAACGUGUAGCAUUAGAUAGCACCCCGAAGUUUUCCUUUGGCAUCAAAACCGAGAGCAAAAUCCGCAACGAUACACCGGCACCCGGUACCUACUCACCGGAGAAAGUAUUGAAAGACAAAUCACCCAAGUAUAGCUUCGGACUGAAAGUUAUACCGGAAAAGAUUGAAGAAACGCCGGCUCCCGGAGCGUACCAGCCGGAAAAGGCACUCGCGCUGGAUAAGAAACCGGCGUACAGUUUCGGCCUGAAGACGAUCGUCGAGAAGCCGAACAACACGCCCGCCCCUGGUGCAUACGAGCCGGAGAAAGUAAAGCUAAACACAACCCCUGCGUACAGCUUCGGCAUUCGGCCCGCGAUCGAGAAGCCCAACUCCAAUCCUGCACCGGGCGCUUACGAGCCGGAAAAGGCGAAGAAGCUGAUCGAUCACUCACCCGCAUUUGCAUUCGGCAUGCGCAUCAACCAUGACAAACCGAACAAUACGCCCGGCCCGUCCGCCUACCAGGUGGAGAAGGUGAACCUGGACCAUCAGCCGGCGUACAGCUUCGGCAUGCGCACGAAGGUGGCGAAGCCGAAUGUGACGCCGGCGCCCGGCGCCUACUGCCCGGAGAAGGCAAACCUAGACUCAACGCCGAAGUACAGCUUUGGCAUCCGACCGACAAUCGAUAAACCGGACAACGUGCCCGCGCCCGGUGCUUACUCUCCCGAGAAGGCCAAAGUAGAUAGUAGCCCUGCGUACAGCUUCGGCUCGCGCACCAAGCAAGACAAACCAAGUGCCAAUCCUGGUCCGGGAGCGUACGAUGCAGACAAGGUGGAUGGGAAGUCCCCGGCGUACUCGUUUGGGCUGCGACCGGACGUUGCUAAACCGAACCAAGUCCCGGGGCCUGGAGCGUACAAUGCGGAUCGGGUUGAUCAUGCAACGCCGUCGUACUCGUUCGGUGUGAAGGCCAACGUGCAGAAACCGAAUCUUGUGCCCGGUCCGGGUGCAUACGAUGCCGAUAAAGUGCACGACAAAUCAUCUCCGGCCUAUUCCUUCGGUGUGAAGGGCAACGCUGAAAAGCCUAACGCUAUUCCUGGCCCUGGAGCCUACGAUGCGGAUAAAGUUAUUGAUAAGUCCGCACCGGCGUACUCGUUCGGUGCAAGGACGAAUGUGGAUAAGCCUAGCGUUGUUCCAGGACCGGGAGCGUACGAUUCCGACAAGGUGAACGACAAGUCGUCUCCAGCCUAUUCGUUUGGAGUUAAGACAAACUUGGAGAAACCGAACGCAAUCCCAGGCCCUGGGGCGUACGAUGCGGAUAAAGUGCACGACAAAUCAACUCCAGCGUACUCGUUCGGAGUGAAGCACAUGCCGGACAAGCCCAAUGCUGUUCCCGGACCGGGUGCUUACGAUUCCGACAAAGCGAACGACAAAUCAUCUCCAGCGUACUCGUUCGGAGUAAAGACGAAUUUGGAGAAACCCAGCGCCAUCCCGGGACCGGGAGCGUAUGACGCUGACAAAGUGAUUGACAAGUCUUCCCCAGCGUACUCAUUCGGCGUGAAGGCGAAUGUGGAAAAGCCUAACACUAUUCCCGGCCCUGGAGCGUACGAUGCGGACAAAGUGAACGACAAAACUACUCCCGCGUACUCGUUCGGAGUGAAGCCUAACCUCGAGAAGCCGAACUCCAUUCCUGGACCUGGGGCGUACGAUGCCGAAAAAGUGAUUGAUAAGUCUUCCCCUGCAUACUCGUUCGGUGUGAAGACAAAUGUGGAAAAGCCUAAUACUAUUCCCGGACCUGGAGCGUACGAUGCGGACAAAGUGCACGACAAAUCGACUCCAGCGUAUUCCUUUGGAGUGAAGCCUAACCUUGAGAAGCCCAAUGCAAUUCCUGGACCAGGGGCUUAUGACGCUGAUAAGCUGCAUGACAAGUCUUCGCCGGCGUACUCUUUCGGCGUGAAGACGAACGUAGAGAAACCGAGCAUCAUUCCCGGACCGGGCGCGUACGAUGCGGACAAAGCGAUUGAUAAGUCGUCGCCCGCGUACUCGUUUGGAGUUAAAACGAACGUCGAAAAGCCCAGCAUCAUCCCGGGACCGGGUGCGUACGAUGCGGAUAAGGUGAUCGACAAAUCUUCGCCCGCGUACUCGUUCGGCGUUAAGCACAGCCUGGAGAAGCCUCACAUUGUUCCCGGACCGGGUGCGUACGAUGCGGACAAAGUGAUCGACAAGACAUCCUGCCCAGCGUACUCCUUCGGCAUUAAGACGAAUGUGGAGAGGCCCAGCAUCAUACCGGGCCCGGGAGCGUACGAUACGGAGAAGGUGCACGAUUCGCACACGCCGGCCUAUACGUUCGGUGUGAAGCCGCAGACGACGAAGGUGAAUCCAACGCCGGCCCCGGGCGCAUACUCGCCGGAGAAGUACAUCAUCCACCAUCCGGCCUAUACGUUCGGUGUGAAGCCACACAUUGACAAGAUUGAUAUUAUUCCCGCGCCCGGAGCGUACAACCCGGAGGCGGCCAAGCUGGACAGUAGCCCGGCCUACACGUUCGGUGUGAAGCCUGUGAUCGAUAAGGUGGACUUGACGCCUGCCCCGGGCACGUACUCGGUGGAAAAGGUAAAGCUGGACCAUUCGCCGGCGUAUCCGUUCGGAAUCAAGGUGAACCGCGAGAAGCCGAAUGAUGUCCCAGCACCCGGUUCCUACAACCCGGAUAAGGUGAAGCUUGAUCACUCACCAGCGUACACGUUUGGCAUCAAACAUAAAGGCGAAACGAUGAGAGAUACACCGGCACCAUCGGCCUACCAACCGGAAAAGUGUAAAAACGACUGCUCUCCAGCGUACAGCUUUGGCGUGAAGGUAAAUCACGAAACGAUCACUCACGACGGUCCAGUAGUGACGAGUGAUGAAGCGACCGCUGUAGCCGCCAUGAAAGCGAUGGUGAUCACAAACGGUGCCAGCUCGACGGUUGACAAUCGUAGCGAAAGCAAGAACGCCACCACCAGCUCCACCGUGGUGCAGAACGGACAGGACGGCAGUACGUUCACGACCGUUACCACCACGAGAACAGCGGGCGGUUCGAUGAAGAUGGUCCGCGAACGAAAGACCACCACGGAGGAGCACUCAUCCGCUUCGGUGGAGGCGAUCGGCGAAGGACUCGUACCGAACUGCAUUGCCGGUGUGAAGCAGCUGGCCAAUGUGCAGCACCAGCGCAUGGUGUGCACCGGUCACUUCCGGGCCUAGGACCGAAGCCCCCACCCAUGUUGUAUCUCCCCAGGGAUGUCUACGGGCACACUGUGGGCCCGAUCCUGUUACAGUAGUGUCGUGUGUCGUUUGCAUAUUUAGUUAGUAGCGCUGCCGUUGAUAGUGUUUUAAGGGCAAAGUUGCCUGUAGGUAGUUUGUGCUUUCGUUUGUUCCUAAUCGCUUUCUGUGCUACCCCGAGUUAUGUUUACGUGCAUCGUGGUACCGUCACCGGCAUCUUCCUGUGUUGGUCUAGUUCUCAAAAUACUCCCCCCCCCCCAUCCUACUGGCUUACUGUGUGGAGGAAACGAGCCCUCCAGGGGUCUUCAAUCUCAUGAUUCCCUCUAGACCUCCCAUGGUACGGUGUAAAGCUUCCCCAUUUCGUGACCCGUUUCGUU